AUGGUACUGGCAUCCAUUCGUGUGCUGGUGUGCGGCACCGAUUUUAGUUCAGUUGAGGCGGCACUCGGUGGCAUGGUGGAAAAUAAACAUCACGCCUGGAACCGACGGUAUGAAGUGACAUGUACCUCUGUUUCGGGUGUCGAGCGUGCUGACAGCCGCCUUUUGUCCACUUGUCAUCUUGUUGUUCUUACGCAUGGUGCCAUCACACCUUCUUCAAAAGCAAGUUACGACAAUAAACCCACCAUCUCCAUUCCGGGAACAUCGAGUGACGCAUUGACGUUAUUACAGGGUUGUGACUUUUACUAUGGUCAAUAUAAUUUAAAUGAUCUACGGGUAGCGGUGGUUGACAUUGGACUCUCACCGUUACACAUCAUAUGGAACAGUAGUACCCGCUGCAUAACAGAAACUGGGGAAUUGUCCUUACGUCGUGCCUUUUGGCUUUUUGACAAGGAUGGUGACGGAGUGCUUAAUGAGGAAGAAAUUCUGGCAUGGCAGCGUUCCGCUGCGUCAGUCUCAUUCUCGAAAGGUGAUAUCGCCGAUAUGCUGGCUGAAGUGUCAAUUCCGAACGCUAGCAUUCCAAUGAAUUUCGAUUUGUUCAAAGCUGUCCAAGUAUCCUAUUUGUUAAAGAACGAUGCACGGAAGGUAUGGGCGACGCUGCACAUCACGGGUCUACAUCCCACCGGGCUGCCAUACUCUUGGCGGGAUAUAAACGCUGUUCGCGUCAGCAAGGAAUGUAAUACCUAUUUAUCACAUCAUGCCAUUCAGUUUUUUAGAAACUUGUACAAACUUAAGCGGUUCCACGAUAUUGACGACAUGUGGAGCGUCACUCCCGGCUGCCCAUGGGCGCACAUCAGCGGCUUCAUUAAGUCUCGGAUACCACUGGAUAAAUUUAUCGAAUAUUGGAAGUACAUGGCGUUAGUGAAGCGUGAGGUGGUUAUUCAGUAUGCUCUUUACUGGGGUUACAAAGGUGACACAAGCAUCCUCUUCCAGCUUCGCAGAGCUCGCCCGUAUCGGGAGCCGGGGGAAACGGUGCCAAAUAUUAUUACUGUCUUGGUCCUUGGUGCUCCCGGGUGCGGUAGAAGGAGUCUUAUUUUCACUUUAACGGCUAAUGAUGAUGAACUCUACGAUGACCAGACAAUACAGCAGGUCACGUAUGUCCGGACGACGACAUUUUUCGUUCGCAAGGGUAUGGAAGAAGCGCCUCAAACAGUGGCGUACGUUACUCUUCCUAUCGAUUCAGCUGGUGAGCUACUAGAAAAUGUCGUGCAGGAAAAACAAGUGGACGUGGUUCUUCUCUGCUAUGAUGGAAGCCGCGUGGCGAAGACGACACCUCCAAUCAUGGAUGCUUACGUGAGAGCCACUGGUUCGCAGCAGAAAUGCCACAAUUUGCCUUUCAUAGUUGUUGCCACUAAGGCUGAAGUUUCCCACGAAAUUGAGGAAAACGUUGCGGAGGCGCAGCUUGCUAUGGAAUCCUUUUGUCGUGAAAACCAAUUGUUGUGGCCACCGGUUGCGACAAGUGUGGAAAACCCUGAGGAAACAGAGAUUGCCACUCUUAACGAGUAUGUGUAUGCUGUUGCCAAACAGCCGGAGAUUGCCGUUGCCAGUCCACCCAUCACAACAAUACGCAUACUGAGGCGAGUCGCUAUUGUGUCAUUUGCAGCUUUUGUUGUUGGGGGCAUAACCCGCUUCCUCAUUAGAAAGGUCCUGGGUACCUCACGGAAGAAAGGCCGGUAG